ACGUUUCUUUCUUCCUCAUCUGAAUCUGAGUGUUGGUAUAGAUAGUGAGCAGUAUUAUUUAUGUCAAAUUUUCUAGUAUAACAAAUAGGAUCUUACAAUAUUGUAGUCUUAGCAAAAAUUUAAACUGAAAGGUCUAAAUGGUGUAACAUCAAAAAUGGGCUGUUGUUUUAGCUGUAAAGAAGACAGUUCUUCUCAGGGUGGAGAGGCAAAUGAGCACACCCGCUUACUUGUGGAUCCUGUCAGUAAUAAUGCAUCCUCCAUUCAGAGAGUCAACAGUGAUGACUUCGAGUCCCAGUAUCCUAAUUCACUCCCAAAGAAGACUGAUGAGCAGUCAGCCUUAAACAGGAUUCUGCAGGAAGCUGCAACGAAUGUAAUAGAUGUUGCAGCGAUGGGAACUCAUAACUUGGAGCAACACGAGUAUAUGGAGCGUGUGAAACAUUACUCGUUGAAACUACAAGGCGUGGCAGGCCGUUACACUCCUGCCCCCAAACAGUCGUGUCUGCUAGUCGACAUCCCUGCUCCAGACAGACUUUUAGCUGUCACUCCUGUCCAUGAGUCUGACAUCCACCAGAUCAUGUCAGUAUGUGAGACGGCAACAGCAGCCUUGGCAGAACUCAAGGUGGAACACAAGGAGGAGUUGGUCGUACCCUUCAGGAUUCCUUGAGAGUGAGAGACAAAUAUACAGAGUGUCUUCUAUCUAUUUUUAUAUAAGUGGUUUUAUAGCUUCAACACUGAAUCAACAUUACCCAGCUUUCAGUGUACAGUAUCCGGCUCUGUUUUAAACUAUAUUCUUUUUCCAGUUUCAGAUUUUGCUUAUUACUGUAAAGAUUAAUUUACAUUUUGUAUAAUGGAUAACCGAUUGUAUAUAAUGUAUUUAUUCCAAACAAUUAUGGAACAGAAGUAGAGAAUGACAACAACUAGCGUAUUGUGUAUUUGCACAUAUGUUUAAAAAACUUUUGUCAGGCUAGACUGUUUAGUUUUGUAUAAAAUACCCGUUAUGUUAUUAUUGUAUAGUUAGUGAAAACAUGCCUAUUACUUAAGUUAGUAAACUAUGGAAGAAAGUGCCCAAUAUUACAUUAUCAUAUAUGCUAUGAUCGUAGCUUGUUUCCUGUGGUCUUGCCAUAUAAAGAUUGUCCAGUUCCAUAUAACCUUGAAAAUUUAUUGAAUUAUUAGAUUUAUGUUUUAUAGAAUCUAUUGAAAUUAUUUUAUUUAUAAUUGAUGUAAUUUUAUAAUAAGAUUUUCCAAGUUUUGAUUUUUAUUGAAUGUGUGCAAUUUUUAUGCAUUCUCACCUAAAAUAGAUUAAAACAAUUUUUUAGAAAUUUCCAAUAAAUUCAUUCGUCCCCAAGUCUUGUGGGAUGUUUAAAUAUUUUGUUGUGGAUUACCACAUUAAAAAUUUUGAAAAUAUUCACAACAACAAAGGUGUUAAAUAUAAUAUCUCUAAUUGGAUCUGACAAAGUCUUCUUUGAGAACAAAUUAAGCCCUAAAAUUAAAAAACAAAUUGUCAACCUGUUCCCAAUAUUUUUUUUUUUUUUUUUUUUUUUAAAUAAAGUUAUAGAAAAAUGAAAAACCUUUAAUUUAAUUGUAUCUACACCUUUUGUUGUAUGAGUCCCAAAAGUUAAUACGGUAUGUUUGUUAUAAGAUAUUGGAAAUUAUUAUAUGUUUGUUAUUGUUGCCUGGUUAUUGUUAGCAAUCUUUUGUCAUUAAAAUACUUAAUUUUCAUAGUACCAGAUUUUAGGAUAGUAUUUCCCAAAUAAUUCUAUUAAACUAUGUCAUUUAUCCAUAAUCUGUAUAUUAACAUGUGAUAUUUUGUAGAUGGACCUGCAGUUCUUUUUACAGGUAUAACACUUCAAUACUGUUUACUGUUUAAAAGUGCUCAUGGGAUUUCUCGUACACAAUAUUUAUCUUACUGGAGUGUUCAGUUGGAAUGAAAAAUAUCAAAUGUGAAAAUUAGGUUGUUUGUAAUCACAUUUGAUGUAACGUAUUGUACAAUAGAUAAUUUAUAAUGUAAUAUUUUAAUAUAAUUUUAUAGACAUUAAGUAGUUUUAUAUUUAUAUCAACUGUUAUUGCCUUAACUAACUAAUCGAAGUUAAUUAAUUGAUCUUGGAGUUUUUAAAUUUACUUAUAUAAUAUAAUAGUGUUGUGCUGAUUUGUUGUGAAGGAAAGUAGGUCAGAGUUUGGUUUUAACAAUACCUCUUUAUAUUUAUAGCCCAAUAGUAAAUAAACUGUACAACAGGAAAACUUAAAAUAUUAUUUGUAAUCCAUAGUUCAUGCAAAUGUAAGCAAAUUGUUAUACUCAAAUGAAACUUUAAAAAGCACAAAAUAUCAAUUAUGAUAAUGUAUGUAAUAGACUGUAUGGGCAUUAAAAUUAUGUUAUCGUAUUGCAUGAAUAUUGUACAAAAUUUAUUUAUCUCCUUAACAAAAACAUUCAUUUAACAAAAAUAUACAAAAAAAUCUUCAUAAGAUGUAUUCAAAAUAUUGUACUUACUUUACAUUAGAUUACUUUCUGAUGUUUCAAAAUUUUUAUGUACAAUUAUAUAGCAGGUUUGAUUUGACCUAAAAUACUUAUUACUACAAUUUCACUGAAUUAAUCUAAUGUCCGCAGUCAAUUUUGUAUUCCUGUAAAAGGGCAUUACUUUUCAAUCCUUAUUACUCACAAACUGUGGUGUUAGUUAAGUUUACCUGGUUUUUAUUUAUUUAUUUAUUGAAUCAUGUAAAAUAUGAUAUAUCUCCAUAUAACACUAGAACAGCACACACAACUUAACAGGUAUUAAGCAACAAUGUUCCUGGCAUGACCACAGUAAUGUAUUAACAAUACAUAUAUAUUUGUAUGAAGGUUCUUGGGGUUUCAUAUCACCAUGUUUAAAUCACCAGUUUUUUUUUUCAACCCCUAGAUCAACAGUCCACUCUAGUCCUGUUAUUUGUAUAUAAAUAUUCAUAGUUAUUAAGCAUUUUGUAUAUUUGAUUCAUUCUCAUUAAAAAUGUGAUAUAUUAUUAUA